UUUGCUGUGACUCUGGAAACUGAGCAAACAAAAUCUGAGGGACGCUUACUCUCAAGCAGAACUGACAGAAAGGACUGGAGGACAGAAAACUUCUAUAGGACAUACCUGCCUGUGGAUUCACAACUGAAUUGCAAAUCCCUAACAAUUUGGAGGAGUUUAAUUCAGACUUUUUGGACAUACCUCAUCCCGAUGGCAAAUGAGAGACUGGCUCAGCCCCUGAGUGUCAGACUGCUACUUUGGUCUCCAGGAGUUCCAGGGAAGUGUUUGCCUGCAAAGCACAUUCAGCUCUAAUGCAGAUAGAGCUGAUGGAGUUGUGGAGGCUACCUGUCUUCUGCUGCUCUGCUGCUGAUCCACGGUCUCGGUUGCCAUAGAGACUGGCUCUGGAAGCCAUGGAUGAGGAUGGGAGAGAAGCCACCCACAGGCUCUCCUCUGGCGGGCUCCGGCAGGGCCAUUCUCAGCAGGUACCAAGACAGUCAGGUUCGGUCUCUGAAGGCGAGGAAGAGUCAGCAGGCCCUAACCCAGUGACGCCCGAGGGGGACUCGCACACACGUUACAUUGCCAUUCAAAGAAAUUCCAGAUACUACCGGUCCAUGAGGCUGCCCAACAGAGGGAAAAGAAAGACUUCGAGAGAGGCAAUGCACAUGCAGCAUGCUACAGGUUCACUCAAAAACUAUGAGCCCAUCAAAGAGCCUCUGAAUGUUUUAUCUCAUAAGGGAUCACCAUCUCCAGCAAACUCUGAUCCAACAGCAUUAGAUGAAUUAUUGAUCCAAAGGGUUUCACUCCUGGAGAAGAAAUGCACCAUAUGCACCAGAUCUGGAAGCAGUUCAGGAGAACCCCCCUCUGCCACCCCCUUUCCUCCCUCAAAGCCGGCGCCAUCCACACAUAAGCAGAGAGGUGCAGGGGAUGGGAGGCAGCGCUGCGCCCCGGGGCUGAGGGACGGGAGGCUGCUGCCUUCCUACCCCCGUUACCGUGGCAACCGCCCGGGCUCCCCCAGCCCCGCACCGCCGCCACCGCUGCCGCCGGAGCUGCUGGGCAGCCGCCUGCCGCCGCCGGCCAUGGAGCUGCUGGCCGCGGCCCUCAGCGCCGCCUGCGCCUUCGACCAGGACGGCUCGCCGGGACAGCUCACCAGGAGCCCGCCCGCCCCUGAGGAGAGCCGCGCCACCGGCACGGCCGAUGCACCGCCCGCGCACCCCAUGACGGCCGACUCGUGGAGGAACCUCAUCGAGCACAUCGGGCUCUUGUACCAGGAAUAUCGAGAUAAAUCUACGCGCGAGGAGAUUGAAACCAGGCGGUUGCAAGAUUCCCAGACAGACCCUGAGGGGACUUCACCCAGUGAGGAAACCCCAUCUGAAGCAGAACCCACAAGUACAAACGAAAACAAAGCUCCACCACAAAUCAAUUUGCUGAGAAACUCCAACUCCAGGUUCAACUUAUGGCAGGAUCUUCCGGAGGUCCAGAACAGUGGUGUCCUCAGCAUCCUCCAGCCAGAUGAGAUCAAGCUGCAGGAGGCCAUGUUUGAGCUGGUUACUUCCGAAGCAUCGUAUUACAAGAGUCUGAACCUGCUGGUGUCUCACUUCAUGGAGAAUGAGCGUCUGAAGAAGAUCCUACACCAGUCUGAGGCACACAUCCUCUUCUCCAACGUGCUGGAUGUCAUGGCUGUCAGCGAGCGCUUCCUGUUAGACCUGGAGCAGCGGGUGGAAGAGAACAUCGUGAUCUCGGAUGUGUGUGAUAUUGUCUACCAGCACACAGUCAAUCACUUCUCUGUGUACAUCACCUACGUCUCCAACCAGACCUACCAGGAGAGAACCUACAAGCAGCUUCUCCAGGACAAACCAGCCUUUCGGGAAGUGAUCUCACAGCUGGAGCUGGAUCCCAAGUGCAAAGGCCUGUCCUUUUCAUCCUUCCUCAUUCUGCCAUUUCAAAGGAUCACUCGACUCAAGCUGCUGGUGCAGAAUAUUUUGAAGAAAGUGGAAGAGAAAUCUGACAGGGAAUCCACUGCCCUGGAUGCACAUAAAGAACUGGAAACAGUGGUGAAAGCCUGUAACGAAGGUGUCCGGAAGAUGAGCCGAACAGAGCAGAUGAUCAGCAUCCAGAAGAAACUGGAAUUCAAGAUCAAGUCUGUACCCAUCAUCUCCCACUCCCGCUGGCUGCUGAAGCAGGGGGAGCUGCAGCAAAUGAAUGGUCCAAAGACAUCACGAACGCUUCGCACCAAGAAACUCUUCAGAGAAAUCUACCUGUUCCUUUUCAACGAUCUGCUGGUGAUUUGCCGGCAAAUUCCUGGGGACAAGUACCAAGUGUUUGACUCUGCUCCCCGAGGACUUCUUCGGGUAGAGGAGUUAGAAGAUCAGGGGCAGAGUUUGGCCAAUGUCUUCAUCCUGAGGCUGCUAGAGAAUGCGGAUGACCGGGAGGCCAGCUACAUGCUGAAGGCAUCAUCCCAGAGUGAAAUGAAGCGCUGGAUGAUUUCACUAGCCCCAAACCGGAGGACCAAAUUUGUUUCAUUUACAUCAAGACUUGUUGACUGCCCACAGAUCCAGUGUGUCCACCCCUACGUGGCCCAGCAGCCUGAUGAGCUCUCCUUAGAACUGGCUGAUGUCCUCAACAUCCUGGACAAGACAGAUGAUGGCUGGAUAUUUGGGGAACGUCUUCACGACCAGGAGAGGGGCUGGUUCCCCAGUUCUAUGGGGGAGGAGAUCCUGAACCCCAAAAUCCGAGCCCAGAACCUGAAGGAGUGUUUCCGGGUGCACAAGUCAGAUGACAGUCAGAGAAGGAAACUGGGCAGCAGAAACCGCCAGUGACCACCAGCAUCGCCAAGCAUCUGGAGUGCCUCAGAGAGGCAGAAGACAGAGGCUGCCAGCUGGGAGGAGGUGGCAACUGUGGGACGCUCUGGGGGACCUGGUGCACCGGACGAGGCACACACCCCCAUGAACAGACUGUCAUUCCUAGACCCACCAGAAGCACUGGUCCUUUCCUGGAGAUCAGCGCUUUAAGCUGUAAAAUAACCCUUUUGCAAGUGUUCUGUAAAGCCCCAAAGAGCUCGAGCUCAGCGGACACUGCCUGAAGGCCACCGAGUGCAAGCCAGAUGAGCCACAUGUGCUGCCUGGGGCUGGCUCAGGCUGCCUGGGAAAGGCAGAGGCCACAAACAUCACUGAGCAAUUAACAUCACCUGGUUUAAGCACUAACAGCUCAUUGCUACCUUCCGAGUCUGGAGUGCUCUGAACCCAGCAUCUCACAGGGGGAGAACUGAGGUCAAGCAGUCGUCUCAGCUGUCUCUCAGAGCUCGUUGCCUGGGGGAUGAGCCCCAGGAACUCUACCACCCUAGUUCUGCUGUGAAGCUGCUGGGCUCAUUCCCACAGGCAGACCCUCGAUCUGCUUCCAGUCAAAUGCUCUGCAGUGCUCCACACCCAGCUCUUCUUCAGCAGCAUCCCAGCCUCGCCAGCCCUGACCCACAUCUCUGCCUGCCUGACAACCUUUAAGCACACCUGGGCCCUGUCCCAUGGCCCAGCCCCCUCUUCCACAGCCCACCUCCUUCUGCAGGGCCAUUGCAGAACCCCGGCAUCAUGACCUUUCCUGGUUGAUCGUGCACUUGUGAUCUUUGCUACUCCCUGCUGCCAAGGCCGGAGCAGGGGUGACUGUGGGAGCACCGUCUCGCACACCACACAAACCACAGGAGCACCAGCAGCCCCAGCUGCCACACAGCAGGGGAGUGACCUCACCUGGGAGCUGCUGCCCUGCGUGCUCUGGGAGGCCCAGCAACCGCUGCCUGCAUGCUCAUAACCCACCCCCACCAGCCCCCCUGUACAGGCUCACCUGUGUAUAUAUGCAAGUCCUGUGGCCAGCACAGCCAGCUCCUCACUCCUUGCAGCUGUGGCACUGAGCAAAGCAUGAAGCCCCAGGCACAGCACCGAGAGCGGCAUGGGGACAGACCCACGGCAGCCACCCCUUGUUCAGCAGUCCACACAUGGCUGAGGGGCUCUCAGCCACAAGCUGGGCCCAAGCUGUGGCCAGCAUCCAUUAGGAAAAUCAAUCAUUUGGCACCUUUCUGUAACUUGGCAAAGGAUUGUCUUCCAGGCAUUGCAGCCUAUGCUGGUGGUGCUCUGGGCGUGCCACAGUUGUGUUCAAAGGGGACGGAGAGCUGCAGGUGGAGCCACACAGCAGCCAUGGGCACGGCCGGGAGGAGCACAGCCAGGCCAGCAGGAACACAGGGAGAAAGCAGGACGCUUGGAAGCUGUGAAGGGAGGCUACAGAACUGCUCCUUAGACCACCUGGGAUGUGCAGUGUGAGGCCAGACACAGCUGAGGUGGGUUCCAGGGCUGUCCCUACUGACACUACAGCCCUGGGACAGCCAGCCCAGAGCCAGCACCCAGGACCAAAGUGGUGGGAGCCACAGCAUUGAAGGGGAGGAGAAGGCAUUCUUCAAGGCCAGAUAAUGCCACCACAUUAGCACGUGACAACAGCCAGCAGGGCUGUGCUGCCUUGGCCACCUGUGGGAAGUUCAUAAUAACCAGUAGUUCCCAGUCACUGCCCAGCCCCAGAGCUGGGCCAGGAAGGACUUGCAGCCUCGAGUCUGGUGCACUGGGCAGAUUUAAUGGGGACACGCCAAGCCAGAUGCCUCCAGCAGCAGCCCGCAGUCAGCAUUCUGAGACAGCCAAACCUCCAGCUCAGGAUCCAAACCUUGCAACAACCACAAAUUCACUGGUGCAAACCCCAGAGGAGCUCCAGCUUUAGGAAUUCCUUAAAAUUACCUGCGAAAUCACCACAUCUCACAUCAUCCAGCUUUGCAGCCCAGCAGCCAGCCCAGUCCAGCGCAGGGCCUGCAGCCACACGUGCGUGCCUGUGUUUCCCACAGCACAGGAAUGCUCCCUUGCCCAUCAGAUGUUUCACCAGUUCCCCAGUGCCAGGAUGCCAGCUCCUCACUGCACUUUCUCCAGGGAGAGGGGCUCACAGUGCUGCUGUGCCCUGUCCCAUCACUCGCCCCCAAGCCCUGGGAUUGCUCCAGCCCCUCCUGCUCUGUUGUGGUUCCACAGGACUCCAGGUGCCCGGCACAGGCUGUGCCAUUUCAGGCGCUGAAUGGCAUCCAGUGUUAUUUCCUCAGACCCACCCCUGCACGCCUCCAUCUCAGUGGUCUCCAGUGUUGUACAGGGCCAGGCCUGGGGCCCACAGGCAAGGGCUGAAGCCCCCAGCCCUUGCCAGACUGCCUCAGUGAACUGAGGGGAACUUCUUGUGGUCUUGUUUUUCUGUGUGAUAAAACGUAGCUGAGCAAGCCAGCGCCAAAACA